GGCAGGGAGAGGCCGACAGGCCCGGCUCUGGUGGCUCCAGCUUCCCUCCAGCUCUGGCUCCGGGGCUGCUUUGGAAUCCUCUCAGUGACUGCUAUUUCCAUGAACUUGUCUGGACCUCACAGAGCUGAGUCCACAAUGCGCAGGCACGAGGACAAAGACGCCGAGCUGGACCGUAGGAUAGUUGCCCUGCGCAAGAAGAACCAGGCCUUACUGCGCAGGUACCAGGAGAUCGAGGAAGAUCGUCGCCAGGCAGAGCAGGGGGGCAUGUCUGUGACCACACAAGGGUUCUUCCAACCUGACAGCCUCACAGUGACCAUCAGCCAGGUUCCUGGUGAGAAGAGGGUGGUCAGCAGGAACUGGGCCAGGGUGCCCCCUGGAAGGAUUGAUGUGCUGACAGAUGACGAUGCUGCCACCUCAACGGGCACUUUCUGCAUGGAGGACCGGGUGGACCUAGCUGUCACCAUGGAAAACAAAGCCAGGGCCAAACGGAUCGUGAGUGAAAAACCCACGACCCAAGCAAGGACCCCAAGGGCGAAGGGGACAUCUGGAGGAGUCGGGGGUCAGAGCUCUCCCCUGCAGAUGGGUUUCAGCCCAGAUUCAGCAGGGAAGGGCAGUCUGGAGCCCCGGAGUCCAGGCGUGUCCCCAGGCCCACCUCCCCAACAGCCCGUGGGACUGCCCCCAGGGGCCAACUGGGACUACAAGCAGUGGAAGCAAGAGCGAGAGCAGAUUGAUCUGGCCCGUCUUACCCGGCACAAAAAUGCACAGGGUGACUGGAGCCGCCCGUGGGACCUGGACAAAGCCAAGUCCAUGCCACAGAACUGCAGCAAGCCUAGAGAUAAGGACUGGACCCCAGGCAGAAAGGGUCCUAGGACCCAGCAGAAGCUACAAGCCCCACCACCAUCCAUGGAUGGAAAGCGUCGGGGUGAACAAUCUGGAAGACCCUCGAUGACCACCAUAGGUAGCAAAGCUCAGGGGAAGGAGAGGCUGACUGGCAGAGCCCGAAGGUUAAUGAGGAUACUGAGAAAGGCCAACCAGCAUAAGGUGGUGUUGGUGAGAGACUGGUGCCCAGAGACUGUGAACAAGAAGCUGCAGAGCCAGGAGGGAAGUCAGAGCACCAUGAAGACUCCUAGUACAGAGGAAGACGUGAAAGAAGCAGAAUGAAAUGGAACAGGCAGACAGGAGACCAUUCCUGCCAUCAGUCCAGCUCUGGUCUCCCCAGAGGGACUAAAAGAGGAGUCAGGAACCUCUUCUACAGUCAGUUGUGGCCCUGACACCCCACAAAAAUUCUGCUUUGGCUCCCUUGACCUCUCUCUAGGAGGAGCUAGUAGUCCCAAGCCUGAAAAAAGUACAUGUGGACUCAGUACAAAGUGUGGAGUUCCACAAGUCCAGUACCACAGUCAAAAUGGUUCUGAGCAACAGAUCCUGGCAUGGAAUGACCACCAGUCUGGGUUUGACAGGCUGCAUUUAUACUGAGCCACUGAAAGAAGCAGAGGCCUCAGAGUCCAAGAGGACCAGGCAGGUAAAGCUGGGGCCCAGCAGAACCUGGCACCGAGAAGCAGGCCCCCCAGAGGAGCUUGGCCAAAGGGCCAAGAGGCCACAAGUAGAAGAACCAGGGCAGGAUGCCCUGGCCCUACAGGAAGCUGCUGA